ACCAUGGACAGCUUCGACUUAGCCCUGCUCCAGGAAUGGGACCUGGAGUCGCUGUGGGGUGAAGACAUCUUAAGCCAGAGGACUGAUUCUCUAGUUCUGGAAUUUCAGUCAUCAGCCAGCAGAUGCAGGAGCGUCUAUGAACCAGACAGGAAUGCGUUACGGAGGAAAGAACGAGAAAGAAGAAGUCAGGAAACGCAGCAGGACGGUGGCAGCUUUAGUUCCAGUUACUCCCUCUUCAGUGAACCUUACAAGACUAACAAGGGGGAUGAGCUCUCCAACCGGAUCCAGAACACGUUAGGAAAUUACGACGAAAUGAAAGACUUUUUAACCGAUAGAUCCAACCAGAGUCACCUCGUUGGCGUGCCCAAGCCGGGUGUGCCGCAGACUCCCGUGAAUAACAAGAUAGAUGAGCACUUUGUGCCAGACUCAAGAGCCCAGCCCCAGCCCUCGUCGGUCUGUAGCACCACGCCUUCCACACCCGCAGGAGGCCCUGUGCCGCAGGGCAAGAGGGGCGCUGUGGGCUGGCAGAAGGCUGGCCACCCACCGUCAGAUGGCCAGCCGAGAGCAGCACAACAGGGCUCUCUCAGGACCUUGCUUGGAGACGGGGUCGGCAGACAGCAGACAAGGGCCAAGCAAGUGUGCAACCUGGAGGCAGGUCUUCAGACCCAGGAGAGGCCACCUGCCAUGGCAGCCAAGCACGGCAGCAGCGGACACUGUGUUCAGAGCUUUCCUCCGUCCCUGGCUUCAAAACCCAGCCUGGUCCAGCAGAAACCCACCGCCUACGUGCGGCCGAUGGAUGGCCAAGACCAGGCGCCUGAUGAAUCUCCCAAGCUUAAGUCGUCCACAGAAACUGGUUUGCACUGCACAUCCUACAGAGGGGUCCCAGCCAGUAAGCCAGAGUCGGCCAGGGCCAAGGCCAAGCUUGCCAAGUUCAGCAUCCCCAAGCAAGGAGAGGAGAGUAGAUCUGGAGAAAGCAACAGCUGUGUUGAAGAAAUAAUUCGGGAGAUGACCUGGCUUCCUCCCCUUUCUGCUGUUCAAGGUCCCAGCAAAGCAGAACCAAGCAAGUUCCCAUUCCCAAAUAAGGACUCUCAACUUGUUUCCUCUGGACACAAUAAUCCAAAGAAAGCUGACGCGGAGCCAGAGAGUCCAGACAAUGGUACAUCGAAUACCUCGAUGCUGGAAGAUGACCUGAAGCUGAGCAGUGAUGACGAAGACAGCGAGCAGCAGACAGCCCAGAGGACAGCUCUCCGCGCUCUGUCUGACAGCUCCGUGGUCCAGCAGACCAACUGCAGAGGUUCCGUGCCGUCCAGCAAGGGCAGCAGCAGCAGCAGCGGCAGCAGCAGCUCCUCCAGCGACUCAGAAAGCAGCUCCGGCUCCGACUCAGAGACCGAGAGCAGCUCCAGCGAGAGCGAGGGCAGCAAGCCUCCACACUGCUCCAGCCCCGAGGCCGAGCCUGCGCCCUCAAACAAGUGGCAGCUGGAUAAAUGGCUGAACAAAGUUAAUCCCCACAAGCCGCCGAUCCUGAUCCAAAAUGAGAGCCAAGGCCCCGAAAGGAUUCAGUACUACCCUGCGCUGAAAGAGGAAGGGCAGGGCUGCGGGAAGCUUGCGGAGAUCUGCCAAGCCGGCCUGAGGGACAAGGAGCUCAAGACCGCGUGCAAGGAGGAGCAGCGGCCCCGGACCGCCAACAAGGCCCCUGGCAGCAAAGGUGUCAAGCAGAAGUCGCCGCCCGCUGCGGUGGCUGUGACCGCGGCUGGCCCGCCGCCCGCGGUGCCCGGCGCACCCGCGGAGAGCGCGCCCGCGCCCACGCGGAGGUCAGCGGGCAAGAAGCCCACCCGGCGCACCGAGAGGGCCUCGGCCGGGGACGGGGCCGGCUGCCACCGGCCCGAGGAACCGCCGGCCCCCGAGGCGCUGGGGGCCAGCGUGGGGGGUCCCCCAGAGCCCCCCAAAAGCAGACCCUGCGGUAACAGCAGGACGAGCCACCGCAAGGAGCUGCGCUCCUCCGUGACCUGUGAGAAACGGCGCACGCGGGGCCUGAGCAGGAUCGUCCCGAAAUCCAAGGAGUUCAUUGAGACCGAAUCUUCGUCUUCCUCCUCCUCCUCGGACUCGGACCUGGAGUCGGAGCAAGAGGAGUACGUCCUGUCCAAGGCCCAGCCCGCCGCCGCGAGCGAGCAGCGGCUGAAGGAGGCCACCAGUAGCAGCAGCUGCAGCAGCACCUCCCGGGCCUCUGUGGGCUCCAUCAACGCCAGGACCACCAGUGACAUCGCCAAUGACCCCGAGGAACAGUUCUACACGCUGGUCCCCUUUGGCAGGAACGAACUGCUUUCUCCUCUGAAGGACAGCGACGAGGUCAGGUCCCUCUGGGUCAAAAUCGACCUGACCCUCCUGUCCAGGAUCCCACAACACCUGUCCCAGGAGCCUGGGGUCCUGAGCGCCCCUGCAGCCAAGGAUGUGGAGAGCGCCCCAGCCAGCCAUGCGUUAGAUGCCCCUGCUGAAAAGACUCUGCCAAAAUCCAAGAGGAAACGCAAGUGUGACAACGACGAUGACUACAGGCAGAUAAAGAAGGCCCAAGGAGAGAAGGAGAGCGCUCCACGCCUGGCCGCCUCCGCUAAUAACACCUUGUCCGGCAGCCAUUGUAACAUGAACGUCAACAGCUUGGCAAUACCAAUAAACAAAAAUGAAAAAAUGCUCCGGUCCCCCACUUCGCCACUCUCCGAUAUAUGUAAACACAAACACACCAGCGAGGACUUGGCUUCUUCCGGCCGACCUCAUGGCAAUGGGGUGCUGACUUCUGCGUCUUCCAGCAAGAAGCCGAAGGCUGACAGCCAGCUGCAGUCACAUGCUGGAGACCUCUCGAAGGCCUCUCACAGCAGUUCUGAAAAUGGCAUCCUCCAUAGCAAGUCACGGCCACAGACUGAGCCAUGGUCUCCGGGUUCCAGUGGUCACAGGGACUGCAAGAGACAGAAACUCAUCUUUGAUGACAUGCCUCGCAGUGCAGACUAUUUUAUGCAAGAAGCUAAACGGAUGAAGCAUAAAGCAGAUGCAAUGGUGGAGAAGUUCGGGAAGGCCUUGAACUAUGCCGAAGCAGCCUUGUCCUUCAUCGAGUGUGGAAAUGCAAUGGAACAAGGUCCGAUGGAGUCCAAGUCUCCAUACACCAUGUACUCAGAGACCGUGGAGCUCAUCAGGUAUGCUAUGAGACUAAAAACCCACUCAGGCCCCAAUGCCACACCCGAGGACAAACAACUAGCUGUGCUUUGUUACCGAUGCCUGGCUCUCCUGUACUGGCGGAUGUUUCGGCUCAAAAGGGACCAUGCUGUCAAGUAUUCGAAAGCACUUAUCGACUAUUUUAAGAAUUCCUCGAAGGCUGCCCAAGCACCGUCCCCAUGGGGCUCCAGUGGCAAGAGCACUGGAAGCCCCUCCCCCAUGUCUCCCAACCCCUCUCCCGCCAGCUCCGUGGGCUCUCAGGGCAGCCUCCCCAGCUCGGGCACCCUGUCCCCAGCGACCAUCGUCAGCAUCCCCCAGCGCAUUCACCAGAUGGCGGCCAAUCACGUCAGCAUCACCAACAGCAUCCUCCACAGCUACGACUACUGGGAGAUGGCUGACAACCUGGCCAAGGAAAACAGAGAGUUCUUCAAUGACCUGGAUUUGCUCAUGGGCCCCGUCACCCUGCACAGCAGCAUGGAGCACCUGGUCCAGUACUCCCAGCAAGGCUUGCACUGGCUGCGGAGCAGCACGCACCUGGCCUAGGGGCCCGCCUUCGAGCCUGACUGUGCUUCCUUCUCCUCGGUGGCUCGGUGUCUCUGGACCCUGUGCUGCUGACCUUCCCAGCCACGGCGCUUCCUGAACCAUGGUGAACGUUUCCUCAGAGCCCAACAAUGAUCUCUUCCUGGGUGGGGGAGGGGAGUAUCUAGAGGUGGGUUCAUAGGACGCUGCUUGUGUGUGUGUGUGUGUGUGUGUGUGUGUGUGUGUGUGUAAGGCUGACACCUCUUCGAAACACAUUUCCUUUGUCUAGUGUAUAAUCCCAGGCUAGACAAGUGAUCAGAGGCCCCUCACUGGAGGAAAUCCUCGCAGCGCACGUGUGCGCACACACUCAGACACACCGUACCCCCAGUGCUAAGCCAUUGCCGCCUUCGAAACUCCCACCAAAAUCUCCUAUUGCUGAACCUGGUGUGGCCCCAGCGCACCGAAAGCUUAACUGCCGGAUGAGUUGAACCUGUCUCUUAUGAUUGAUUACUUUCAGUAUUAUAUACCAUUCCCCAAUUGCUUUUGGUUGUUGUGUAUUAAUGAGCAAUUGACUAAUGAAAACAAGCCAGUUAUUUUUAUGCCAGAAGCUCACUAGAUUGCAUGUUACCAAACACCCUGCCCCUCCUCUAAAUACCCUCUCCCCUGUCCCUCCUCCACCAAACACAUUGGCCAAUGGAGUCCCACGAGCUUGCCUUGUCCCCACGUAAGAUAAAAAUGGCACCAGGAUUCGGUAAAAGCCGGACAGCCACAAAAGCAGCAGCGGCUGUUCCGGUUCAGAAUGAAGGUCUGCGCCUGUGGCAAUAAGCCCUCUAGACAUGCGUAUUCUUCCUCCUGCCACUGUGACUCUGUGGCCCUAGAGCCACCUGGCCUUUGCCAGCUAGGACAUUUCAAGUCUCUUCUCUCUACAGCAGCUCUCCGGCAGCUUCUCUCAGUCAAACAGGGGCGUUGUCUAGAGCACGCCAUCCCUAGAGCUGGCUGCUGCUGAGCAGACUGACAGCUGCUGGCUGUACAGAUGCUUCCUGGUUCCUGCUCUGCACACACAACGUGUGACCACAGGCCUUGAGUGCAUUGGGGGGUAUUUUUCAAGCUUUUUAAAAAGCUGCCUACAGUGCAGAAAAACUUAUCCCCGUGAUGACCACAUCUCUGUUUGGAACAGCAUCAACCAGAGUGUCUUGCUGACAUCUUAUGUAUCUGGUGUGCUGAUGUCUUGACCAUGGUUCUCGUCUGUUUGGGGUUUUUUAUUAUUAUUAUGAUUAUUAUUAUUAUUAUAUGUUUUAAUUUUUCAGCAUCUUGUUUACAAUUUUUGUCUGAAGUUUGUUUUCUCAUGUUUUGUCAUUCCCUAGACUUAGUCUUCUUGUUAAAUAUACAUGGAUCUGAAAUAUUAGUAUAAAGAAACAAGUCCUGUAAACAAGGUAUAUCUUGCCACAUUUUAAAAACAAACUAGUGUCCUUGAGUUACUUGACAAAACUGUACCAGGUCAGCCAGAGGGAGAUAGGCAGGGCCACCGUCAGAGCAGCGCAUUGCUCAAGGAGGCCGUGGUGUCUCCCGGUGUGUGUCCUUGUUCCCACCGCCUCCCUCUGAGCUUGGUUGCAUUCCCAUUCCCAUUUUGUCAGCUUUGUCAGCAGGUGGCAAAUAAGAUUGCUCUGAUUCCCCAGUUCCAAGUGCAGAUUCAAAAACUACACAAACAGUUGAACACAGUUUGGUGAUUUGCACCAAACUGAAUUGUGGAAUUUGCAUUUGGCUUUGACCCUCAAGCACUUGAAAUUUUUAGCAAUAUAUUGACUUCAAAUGUUUGGGACCAGAAAUGUUUUUUAUAAGAUGUUAGAAUAUUUGUGACUACAGAAUAAGGUAUCUUGGGGGAGAGGACUCCAGUCUAAACGUGGGAUUCCCUUCUGUUUGACACAUGCCUGUACACAUGAGGGCAGUGCCUGCAGUAUUGAUCGCCUGUGAGGUCGGAUGUGGGAUUUUCCACUGAUGUCGAAUCACUGCUCAAGAAGUUCUCGAUUCUGGAGCAGUUCAGGUUUCAGAUUCUUGAAAUGAGAACAUUACACCUGCAUUUCCACAUUUGUAUCUAGCUAUACAGCGUGCCCCCUGCGGCCCUUUCACUAACUGUUGGCAGGUUUGUGAUACCAUCCUGUGUUUAAAGUCUGAAUAUAAGAAAUUUUGAAUCUCCUUUUGUGCAGGAGUGAGACUUUGUUCUAGUUGCUCUUGGCGAAUUCUGGUGAAAAGUUGAAACUCUCACAAAGAGGGUUGCCCUCGAGGGCCUCUGUGCAACCUUGCGGAGGAGCUUUUUCUGGUCCUGCCUCUCUUUAAAGAUGUCGGCUUAGUUGUGACACCAUGCAAUCCACAUCCCUGGGAAACCCAUCAAAUUACAAGCUGGCCGCUGUCUGGUUGUGCCAGCACAGGCUUUAUGAACACACUGAUGACCUGUUUCCCAAAAAGAACUGAAUUGUGGAAUUUAGUUCUGCUCUUGGGAGGGGCAGGGGCAUGGCUUCAGUCCUGGCCAUUCUCUAACCUCAUCCAUGGAGCGUGUGUCAGGCCCCACCUUACGGGGCUCAAUGUUGGCAGUUCUGGAAAGGGCCACCUUCCACUUGAUGCUCCAAAAGGCAUCCAUAACAUGUUCCUUUUCUUAAGCUGGGUUGCGAGUUGAAACAUCUUUCUUACACUUUAUGGCUGUAACAGUACCACGCGUUCAAAUAAUGCUGAAAUAUAGAGGCUGUAAGCCUGUGGUUGCCUCAGCACUCUCAGAAGCUCACAGCUCAGUGACCCCUAUCUUUCCAGAGAGUUUUACAUUUAAACAAAACACUCAUUACCACUUGCUUCUAUUUGAAGGCAUACUCUUCCUUCAGAUGUCCCACCGAAGUCCCACCCGUCUUAUCUCCCGUGACCUGAGUAGAUGCCACCCUUUGUCACAGUGUUAGAAUUACCUUUGAAGGGAGUAGCCGAACAAGAUUCCUGAACAAACAUUGGCAUUAGUUGUUACUCUGCCCUUAGCAGUCUCUGGUGCAGAUGUGCCUGGAGAGAGAUGACUGGUUAAAACAGGGGCUUUCGGAAAUGUUCAAACUGCAAAUGGAAACUUGGUCCCACUCUCUAAAGAGGAACCUACUGGAAAAAUACACAAAACGGUUGACAGAUGGCGUGCUAGACUGACCCCAUGGAAUGCAGCAUACCGAGGCUCUCUGCACUAAAACUUAUCCCAGUGUGCACAUUGACCGGUGGAUGUCUAUGUGACAGUGAUGUGUAUGUCUCUGACACCCAUACAAAAUAGUCACGGUUUGUAUAAAUGCAUACAUUUAAAAAUACAUAGGUACAGUACAUCUGACAUAAAACUGUAGUAUGCCUGACAGACAUUACUAGUGCCUAAUACUGAGUAUAAGUCACUGUGUAUUCACGUCACCUUGGAAGGACAGUCAUUGUUAUAAAAGUAACCAGUGAAGUGGCAUUAUUUAUGAAUCACAUCUUUGAAACUGGGCAGUAACAUAUGCAUAUAUAUUUUUAAAUAACAUUUUUCACAGUUUUCCAGAGUUACUGUUGAAAUCUGUGUCGCCAAAAAAGAGAGAGAAAGAGAGACAGAAAGAUGCAAGAUUUUUUUUAAUGAUGUAGACACUCUUCAGACCCAGUGAUCGACGUGUGAUUUCCUGUUUGUAGAUAUUCAAGAGACUUUAGCAGUCACCAGCCUUAAUGCAUGUACAGGAUAUUAUUGUGACUUAAUUUAUCUGCAGUUUUUAAUCCAUUCAAAAUUGGAGUUUAUAAACGGACUUGGACUAAAUAUGUCUGCCUUUCUAAGGCUGCAAACAAUACAUUAAAUGAUUUCUGUUGUACGUGAGAGAAGUCGAGUCGUACAUUUAAAAAAGAAAGUUCACCAGUUUCUGUUAAUAUUUCACAAG